UUUAACCUUUCCUUUUCUUUUUUUUUUAAUUCUUCUUUUCUCCUUUUUUUAGUACCUUUCCGAUGGCACCGGUAGUCCGCUCUUUUCGUCACUCUUUCACUGAAACCAGGGCAUGUGCAACGCUAAUGCAAAAUUCUAGUCGCCUAUGUAUAUGUAUGUCCGACCAUCUCCCCUCCAACUGGCAGCAACACAGAGGGCGGAGUCUUGACUACUCUACUCCCUUCACUCACGGCCUUGCUACUUUCCCUCUCGUCCUGUGUUCACUCUGUAACAAAAGAGGGCCAAUCGCACCAAAAUAACAAGAGAUAUGGCCAGAGCUGAAGCCAAGAACGUGACUGCCCUCUCCUCUUCCUUCAAUGACCACAUCCGCCCCAUCCUCGACGCCGUCGACCGCCUUCGCCAGCUCAAGGUGAUGCAGGAGGGCAUUGAGCUCCCUACCAUCGUCGUCGUCGGCGACCAAUCCAGCGGAAAAUCCAGCGUCCUCGAGUCCCUCGCCGGCAUCAGCCUUCCCCGUGGCCAGGGCAUCUGCACCCGCGUCCCUCUCAUCAUGCGCCUCCAAGACGAUCCUUACCUUUCCCAGCCUCAACUGCAGCUCGAAUACAAAGACAAGACCAUCCCCACGUCGGAGGACGGCAUCGCCGAUGCCAUCGCUUCUGCCACCGACGAUAUUGCCGGCAGUGGCAAAGGCAUCUCCAACACGCCGCUCACUCUUGUCGUCAGGAAGAGUGGCGUGCCCGACCUCACCAUGGUGGACUUGCCCGGAAUCACCCGUGUCCCUGUCCAUGGGCAGCCCGAGAACAUCUACGAGCAGAUAUCGAACAUAAUCAUGGAGUACAUCACUCCGAAAGAGAGCAUCAUCCUCAACGUUUUGUCGGCCACCGUCGACUUCCCGACCUGCGAGUCGAUCCGGAUGUCGCAGCAAGUCGACCGGACCGGCGAGCGGACCCUGGCCGUCGUCACCAAAGCCGACAAGGCCCCCGAGGGGUUGCUGGAGAAGGUGACCGCCGACGAUGUCAACAUAGGCCUCGGGUACGUGUGCGUCCGCAACCGCAUCGGUGACGAGUCCUACGAGCAGGCCCGCGCCGAGGAGAGGAAGCUGUUCGAGACGCACCCUCUUCUUUCGAGGAUCGACAAGUCCAUCGUGGGGAUCCCUGUUCUUGCUCAGAGGCUGAUGCAGAUCCAGGCAGCCAGCAUUGCAAAGAGCCUGCCCGACAUAGUGAAGAAGAUCAACGAGAAGCUCAGCCAGAACAUCUCGGAGCUCGAUGAAAUGCCCGAGAAUCUCGGCAGCAUGGGGGAUGCCGUGAGGGUUUUCCUCCACAUGCUAAGCAUGUCGAAGGAGUCCCUGAGGAGAUUGCUCAUCAGAGGGGAGUUUGAUGAGUUCCCUGAUGAUGCCAGCAUGCAUGCCACUGCUCGGAUGGCUGACAUGCUCGACCAAUUCUCCGGCGGGCUGCCCUCCGAUUGCCCGAGCGCUGAUGAAAGGUUCCUGAUGGAAGAGAUUGUUGUUCUGGAGGAGGCUAAGGGGAUCAAUGGACUCCCCAAUUUCCUACCUCGAAACGCUUUCCUCAUCCUCCUCAGGAGGAAGGUGAAGGAUAUGUCUCACGGUCCCGGUGAGUUUGUUCAGAAGGUUUGGGCCUACGUUGAGGAAGUUGUGAUCAGGGUGCUGCUUCACCACUCCGAGAAUUAUCCCCAGAUCCAACCUUUGAUUCGAAGGGCAUCACAGAAUCUGAUAGGGAAUAUGAGAAACCACUCUCUCAAUUUUAUAAGAGAGACCAUCGAGAUGGAAAUGGCAGCUGACUACACUACUAAUCCAGACUACCUGAAAAAAUGGGGUGAGCUGAUGGGCGGUCACGAUGCCUUUA